AGUGCCGCCUAUCAGUGCUGCCAAUCAGUGCCAGUCAGUGCCGCCUAUCAGUGCCAUCAGUGCCACCUAACAGUGCCAGUCAGUGAUGCCUAUCAGUGCCAUAUAUGAGUGCUGCCUUUCAGUGCCCAUCAGUGAUGCUUGUCAAUGCCCACCAGUCCCACCUACCAGUGCCUCCUCAUCAGUGCCCAUCAGUGCCGCCUACCAGUGCCCAUCAGUGCAGCCUAUCAGUGCCCAUCACUACAGCCUUAUUAGUGCACAUCAGUGAAGGAGAAAAAUCACUUAUUUACAAAAUUUUAUAA